GUGAGAAGUGCCUUUGGGACCCAGCCCCCAGCAUGAGAGCUUGUCCUCUGGGCCCCAGUGCCCUGUGGCACCUGCUCUUGGCAGCGCUGGUCCUCUUGCUCUUCACCCUCCCUUCCUUUAUUAAGGAACCCAACACAAAGCCUUCCAGCCCAGCCCCUCAGGAGCUGACGGGAGAACCGAGGCCCGCCCAGCGCCAAGGCCGGAAGGGGCCAUCAGGCUCAGAACGCAGCCGCCCACAGGUGAGGACAAAGAGACAAGCAGAGGAACGGGGGGGCCAGCGGGAUGACGCAGAAACCCGAGCCACAGCACGGGUCCUAGAAAGAUGGGGUGACACAUCAAAUGUCACAGCAGCAACGACGAGGACGACAAGUGUGAGCACAGCCCCCGCCCCGGCCAAGUCCCCCCCGGCCGCCCGGCCCUGGCCUCCAAACGCCACCACCCCAACACGCCCGCCACUGAAGGCCACCAACUUCAAGUCGGAGCCUCGGUGGGAUUUUGAGGAAGAGUACAGCCUGGACGUGGGGGGCCUGCAGACGAACUGCCCUGACUCGGUGAAGGUGAGAGCCUCCAGGUCUCCCUGGCUGGGGAAGCUCUUCCUGCCCAGCCCCCUUCUCUUCCUGGACUCGGCCCGCUUCAGCCCUCGUGAGUGGGCCCGGCUGGAGCACUUCGUGCCGCCCUUCGGCUUCAUGGAGCUCAACCGCUCCCUGGUGCAGAAGGUGGUGUCGCGAUUCCCGCCAGUGCCCCAGCAGCAGCUGCUCCUGGCCGGCCGCCCUCCCGGGGGCUCCCGCUGCCUCUCCUGCGCCGUGGUGGGCAACGGGGGCAUCCUGAACAACUCCCGCAUGGGCCGGGAGAUCGACGGCCACGACUACGUGUUUCGACUGAGCGGGGCGCUGCUCAGGGGCUACGAGCGGGACGUGGGCACGCGGACCUCCUUCUACGGCUUCACCGCCUUCUCCCUGACCCAGUCCCUGCUGGCGCUGGGCGCGCGGGGCUUCCGGCACGUGCCCGUGGGCGCGGACGUCCACUACCUCCACUUCCUGGAAGGCAGCCGGGACUACGAGUGGCUGGACGCGCUGCUUCUCAACGAGACCCUGGGGAAGAAGACCCUGCCCUGGUUCAGGCGCAGGCCCCAGGAAGUGUUCCCUGAGGCCCUGAGACUGGACAGGUACUUCCUGCUGCACCCGGACUUCCUCCGCUACGUGAAAAACAGAUUUCUGAGAUCGAAGACCCUGGACACGGCCCGCUGGAGGAUCUACCGCCCCACCACAGGCGCCUUGCUGCUCCUCACGGCCCUUCACCUCUGCGACAAGGUCAGUGCCUAUGGCUUCAUCACCCAGGGCCACGAGCGCUUUUCCGGUCACUACUACGAUAAGACGUGGAAACAGCUGAUCUUUUACGUCAACCAUGACUUCCCGCUAGAGAGGAAGGUCUGGAAGCAGCUGCAUGAUGAAGGCAUUAUCUGGCUGUACCAGCGCCCCCAAACCACCAAAGCACCGAGCUCACAGAAGCCUAGGAGGGCAGCAAACUCCUGACCCAGGCUGCCGUGAAGUCUACAGGCUCUCCCGCCAUCUCCCUGGGGCUUGGGGCAGGUGCCCAGCCCGUCCAGGCUUCUAAGGAGGAAAUUCCUUCAAGAAGUUGCUGGGGGUUGUAACAGAGAUUUCUAAGACCGAGGAUUUUCUUUGUUGG